CAACAAUCCCUCUCCUUGACUCUUGACACUUCAUCCACUCCACUUCUCAAAGAGCAUAGCAUCCUUCAAGACUUAUCAGUCAUGGUGGACGCGGCGAGGCCCACUUCAGCAGAUAGGAGCCCAAAGAGCCCAAAGCAAGGCGGCACCACACCAUUCCAGUCUGGCAAGAAUGAGAAUGCCGUGCCCACAAACCUCAUCACAUAUAAGGGGAGGCGCAUCCCUGCACGCAUAGACCCAGAUGCCAGCAUCUUGCGUGUCGUCGAGAUCAUGGCUUCGAGCUUUGGUGCGCCAGAGCACCACAUCACUCUCGCCCUUCGUGACGAGAGCGACAACCUCGUCACCCAGAGCAACAUUGCUGCCAAGGUGCAGAGCAAGGAGACGCUCAAGCUCGUUGCUGCUCCUGUGACCGAGGCUCUCGCCGUGGUCGCUUCCCUGCAUGCGGCGAGAGGCAAGAUGGAGGAUGCCAAGGACACCGUUGUACUCCCCAACAACGCCGAGGUGCUUCCUGCCAAGCUCGCCCUCUUCAACCUCCAAAAGUUCAUCAAGGAGGAUGACUUUGCAGUCGAGUUCAUGCUCAAAGGCGGCGUAAAAAUCCUGGUCGACCUUAUCGAGAAGGACGACCAGACGGGACUCACAGGAAACAGCUUGGCCUACGCUCUCCAAGGCAUCCGCGGCAUCAUGGAAUACGAGACGGGUUGGGCAGACUUCUCCGACAAGUUUAUUGACCGCGUGAUUUACGUCCUCGCGUCAUCCAGUGCUCCGAAUAUUGUCCGACCUGCGACCGUGAUUGUUCGCAAGCUGGUCAUCGCGUCGCCAAAAACACACGGUUCGCACAAGGGCAAGGCCAAGGCCCGCGAGUCCGACGCAGUCAACGUGUAUGGCUUUGACCGCAUCUACACUCGUAUCAACGAGGUCGACUACCAGGACGGACAUGCGGGUCCCGCUGCGGAAAGAAUCUUUAGGCCGAUCGUCAAGCGUCUUGAGGGAACCCGGGAUCUUGAAGUUGUCGCUCAAAGUCUCGCGCUUAUCAAUGCGUGCCUGCGGACAGCUCAACAAGAAGGCAGCAAGCGUUACUCUGAUCUCAUCAAUGUGAUCGAGACGCUGGGAACGCGUAAAUAUGUUGGGCGCCUUAUCCCAACGAGCUCCAACAACAUUGUUGAGCCCCGCAUUCUCGACUUCCAGACCCGCUACGCAAACGUUCUUCGUUACCACUCAUUACGACCGGUUCGUCCGCAGACCAACUCGACACAUGAGCGAUUCCUGAGUGACAUCUGGAUCGCUGGACGGUUGGAUGUUGAAGACACUGGUGGCUUGGCAUCGCCUCGUCCUAGUAUGGCCGACUACCACUCGACAGGGCCUCGCACCUGGGAGGGCUGGCGACGAAUGGGACUGUCAAUCGACUACGUGGAGGACACUGAUCCUCUGGUGGAGACGGAGCUGUUCCGUUCCGUCGGCGAGCUGGGCCUUGAGUGCUUGCACUACUACGCCACACACGAGGACAACUUUCACAGCGUUGUGCUGGAACAGCUGGCACGUCCAGCUGAGCGCCGGUGUCCCCUUGGCAAGGCCAGCGCCGAGUGUGUCAAAGUGCUCUACGAGCACUACAAGAUCUCGCAAUCCGCUCAGCGUGGAGCUUCGCACUUCCAGCCUUUCAUGCUCAACUUCCCGCGCGUGCACUCGCUUGUUCUCAAGUUCUUCCUCCGCAUGUGGCAGGACUCGGAGUCAAGACUGGACGACUUUGAGCGACUGAGCUACCUUGUGCGCAGCCAAGUGCGCGUGUCAUUGGCCGACGAGCACACCAAGAGUUGGAUCAACCUUGAGCAUGACUUCCUGGGCGCCGAGUAUCGCAAUAUUCGCGAUCGGCAGAUGGAGAUGAUCGACAAGGAGGACGGCAUUCUCGAGCGACCAGCCAUGGCGGCGUUGCGCGAGAAGGCCAAUCGCGAGGCGUACGAUGUUUUGGCAGAGCAGAGGGUCAUGUGCAUGCAACAGGGAAGCUGGUUCAACGCUGCAAAUGUGCUCACCCCUGGUAUCGAGUCUACAACUCGAGCGACACUGGCGCGGCCCUUGCGGUUUGUGCGACUCUCUCCCAACCGGAGGUUGCUGGCAUGGGGAGAGUUCACCGAGCGCACUGCACACACCCCAACGUUUGAGAGCCUGAAGGAGAACAUCGACCUCGCCAAUGUUACUUCAGUCAAGGUGCAGACCGGCUGCGCCGUGACUGCACGUUCACCGGAUAUUGUCUCUAAGCUCAGCUUCUCCCUCAUGUCCGGCAACGAGGUCAGCCUGCUCGACGUCGACGCCGUGCACGCCGCUCAGUUUGCCGAGUGGACCGACGGUAUCCGUGUUCUCAAGGCCGAGGCGGGCAUGUCGACCAAGGAGUCGUCCAACUAUGUUCACAUCUUGACCGAGCUUGCGCUCAAGGUCCGCAUGCUUGAUAUUUCUGGUGACGGGAUCGAGAUCCCUCAGAAGGUGUCGUUUGGUCCUGCGCCUCGCAGCACGGACUUUUGGUUUGCGAGCUAGCCUCACAUCUUUCUUUGAUCUAUCGUAUAAUG